AUGAAUGAAGCAGUAACAUCUCGCACAAAAUAUCUGGAAGUCUCGCAGGAGCUCAGAAACAGAAUAGUGAACAUAUACACGGCAAGCAUGGAGCAUAAAAGAAAGGCAGAAGAGCAAACGGUCCCUCUAGUCGAAGAAAUAGACUACAAAGGGAUAUCGCAGGAUCUGGGCAUGAUUGGAGUGUGCACAGACGAAGUAAAGUACAAAAUACAAGAUAAGCUGGCGCAUUUGGAAGAGAUAAGAGACUAUGUAAAGGAAGUAACGACCGAUGAAAAAGACCAGAGGAAAGCAUACCUGUCAGACAUCAUUAAAAGAGAGAUAGCGCAGGCAGAAGACCAGCUGAGUGUCUUGGAAGAGAAAAUGCGCUCUCUGAUAUCAAGAGGAAACGAGAACGUCCUCCAAACUAUACAAACAGCAAUCAAUAGAUUGUCUAAGAAGAUGGAGCACAUGUAG